AUGCUCAUCAGUGUUUUGCCGGAAUCCCAGCAAACUCCAGACACUGUUUGUAUUGGAAAAUACUUCGUUUGUUUUCGAACAUUAAAAGUAAAGGAUGUCCCCAAAAAGAUGAAAAUGAUGCAUCGCCCAAAAGGGUUAAAAAAAAGUGAAGAUAUUCAAUUGUUGGGUACAAAUAAAUAUAAUAACAAUGAUGUAUUUUACCAAGUGAAACCAGAAUUCUAUGUUGGAACG